AUUACUAGUUACGACGCCUUAGUGCAUUUAUUCUUAGUUUAUUACUUUAGAAUAUCGAUCCUUUGCGCGUAUUUAUAUUCAUAAAUAUAAAAUAUUUAAUAAAUAUAUUAGUAAAUUUUUCAUAAAUACAACCGUUUGUAAUAUUAAAAAGAAAUUAUGAAUCAGAACAAAAAAUACGCUAACUUGAGUGAGAUAAAUAACAAGUUUACAGAAGAAGUGUUAACAAAUAUCCUUUCUAAAGCAUGUAACCAGAAAGAAGUGCAACUGACAGAUUGGAAUUUUAAAGAGGGAUCUACUAAAGGUGACAAUUACUUAUCAAAUGUCUAUAAGGGCAAAGUGAAUGGUGUUACCAAUGAUAAUCCAAGGCAACAUGUGCAAGUGAAUAUUAUCGUAAAAUCAAUGCCAAAAAAUCCUGGCACAAAAAAGACUCUCAGAUGCGCGGAGUUUUUCCGCAAUGAAAUUGCUUUUUAUACAGAGGUUGCUUCUAAAUUUGAAAAUUUUCUAGCAGACAAAGGACAGAGCGAUCUAUUAUGUAUACCACGUCAUAUAAUCUCUUUCACAGAUAAUGAAAAUGAUUUUUUGAUCCUGGAAGAUGCUUCUUGCUUAGGAUUUUGUACCGCAUCGAGACAUAACUGCUUAGAUUGGACAGAAUGUACAGCAAUCUUGAAGACACUGGCUAAAUUUCACGCGAUUUCAUUCGCAUACAAGGAUCAAAAGAAAGAAGAGUUUAUAAAAAUUACAGAUUCUUUAAAAGAAACUUUUUUUGGCAAUAACCAUUGGGAUUGGUACAAAAAUUAUCACAAAAAAUCACAAAAUGUAAUUAAACAUGCAAUAGCCACUGAAUACCCCAAUAGCAAAGCUGAAAAAAAAUACAAUUCUUACCAAUUCGAUGCUCUUUUCACUAAGUGCAGAGAAUUAUGUGAUAGAAAACACGCGCCCACAUCUAUUAUAAUACAGGGUGAUUGUUGGGCUCCAAAUUUUUUAAUCCGGGAUAUUGGGCAAAAUCAAAAGGAAGCAAUAAUGCUAGACUUUCAGCUCGCACGUUGCGCUAGUCCUAUCUUGGACUUAUCAUUUCUAAUUUACUCUUGUACUCUAAAGUCAUUUCGUGAUCAGUAUUUUGAUGAUAUAUUAAAAACUUAUCAUUCCGAAUUGAGCAAUGCUAUUAAAUCUCUUAGAUCUGAUCCAGAAAAAAUUUAUCCAUGGGAUUUAUUUAUGAAAGAGGUAAAGGAGCAAUUUAUUUUUGGUGUAUUUAAUGCACUUGAAGCUAUUCAAGUAAGUUUAAUGGAUGUACCCGAAACAUUCAAUAUAGAUACUGCUAUUCAAGAUAACGAAGCAAUAGAUAUUGGAGAAAUAGUAUCAUUACCUUAUAUUGCAACAACAAGUGGAAGACAAAGAUUAGCAGAUGUGAUAGUUCAUGCUUUUGAUAAAGGAUAUAUAUGAUAUAAACUUGUAUAAAAUUAUUAAUUGAUAAAUAUUAAAUAUUAAGAUAAUAAAAGCAUUAUCCAAUUUUCUAUUGAUUGAUUUUAAUGAUAGUAAUAAAAAAAUUGUUAAGUUUUUAUGUACAAAGGUUUCCAAAGAAUUCUUUGAGAACAUUAAUUUUAUUUCACUAAUAAUAUAUUUUGUUUGCAAUAAUUUUAUGAUAUUUUUCCUAUAUCUAUGUUAAAAUUAACGAAAAUUGUAUUAUAAAAUAUAUAUACAGUUACAUUAAACAUAAUAUUUGCAA